AGGAAGUUUUUUCCCUCUGUAUUCUCCCGAGGCUCUUUCUUAACGCCAGUCCGGGUGAAAUCGGUGGCAGGCAGACAGGCAGGCAGGGUCGUCCCCGGCGCCGAAAGAACUUUUUGGAUCCGGAUUAAUUUCUUUCCAGGCGCUUUUGAUGGAUCUCUUUCUCUUCUCCUUUCUUGUCUUCAGCCCAGGCUGGGAUGGUCCUGGACAAAGACGGCAAGAAGAAGCACUCGCGACCCACUUUCUCAGGACAGCAGAUUUUUGCUUUGGAGAAGACCUUCGAGCAAACCAAAUACUUGGCGGGACCGGAGAGAGCCCGCCUCGCUUACUCGCUGGGCAUGACCGAGAGCCAGGUCAAGGUGUGGUUCCAGAACCGGAGGACCAAGUGGCGGAAGCGCCACGCGGCUGAGAUGGCCUCGGCCAAGAAGAAGCACGACUCGGAGACGGAGAAGCUGAAGGAGAGUUCAGAGAAUGAGGACGACGACGAGUACAACAAGCCGCUCGACCCCAACUCAGACGAUGAGAAGAUCACGCGGCUCCUGAAGAAGCACAAAGCCGCCGCCGCCGCCGCUGCCCCUCUGGCCCUGCUCAGCCCCUGCAGCAACGCCUCGGAGCCCUCCUGACUGGGAACCCACGGCCCUUGCCCCACCGAUCGCCCCCCUCCGCCUGCCCCCCUCCCUCCGGCCAAGCAGGGUAGCCCAUGCCAGACGCCAGCAGCGGCCCAGCCUCGGGGACUGGCCUCCAUGACGUCCUGUACAGCCCGCCCCGUCGGGGAAAAUAAUGCCUGUAUAUAUAUUUUUACAGAAUAAGUUAUGGAAAUGAAGGGUCAGCCACCCUUUUCUCUCCCCCACCCAUCCCAAGGCCUCGCCCUGCCCUGCCCGGUGUACAUAACACACGCACACUGUCUCUUUCUCUUCCGUGCAUGCGCACAGCCAGGCAGGAGGAAAGGAAGGAGUGGGACAUAGAAGCCCCAACUUUUAGAGGGUACCCUUCCUUUGAGGAUUUUUUUCAUUCUGCUUUCCUACCCACCCCACACACCCCCUCUCGCUGUUCUAAAUUUGGAAAUCAGAGGCAACCAGCUACCAGCCCUGCCUAUGCUACCAGUCCCAUUGGUAAGUGCAACUGUUUAGCUGCACAUGUGACAUGGGGUGACAGCCAGAGGAGCUGGGCUGAAGCAGCCAGGAUUUGCUGGGGAACCUAGUUUACAUCGAAAUCCAAAGGAUUUAGUUGCUCAGCUGGGAGGAGAUCCUCAGCAUACUGCCUAGGUGGAGGUAAGUCCCAUUGAAUCCAGGUGGGAUUACACUGGAGCAAAGGGUGUGUGGAAUUAGAGGCCUGAUUCCAAUUGGUAGCCUCAGCUAGAGUAGACCCUUUGGAUCAGUGGGAUCUACAUAAGCGUUGACUCACCAAUUUGGCAGUUUACUCCAUAGGUCUCCUGUAGUGGCUUUAGGUCUGAUGUUCUCCUGCUACAGUUCUAAGCACAGUUAUCUGGGAGUAAACCACACCAAACUCAUGAGGGUGAGGAUGACUGGAUGCAGUUAAUUUCUGCUAUCCUAGGCUGUCCUUGUGUGUUACAGAAACUCAAGAGUGUGGAAAAGUUACUUUUCUGGAAACCUCUAUAAAUGCAGCAAAAAUGUAACUUUUCCAAGCUCUGCUGGACUUGUCACCGCUGCAGCUUGGUUCUGAAAAGGCUUAGGCUUUAGGUGCGCAGUGGGAGCUUAGGCAAUACUUGCACAGAAGUAAGUCCCAUUGAGUUUAGUGAGAUCUAUACAGUAGGAACUGUGCUUUCCACAGUAACCUUAGUUUUCAUGGAACUUACUUCCCACUCCUCGGCCCACAUCUUUGGGAAAGAAGUUCUGCCAACAUCAGUGGGGCAAAAGUGGGUUUAUGAUGAUGUGGCAGAGCUAUUUCUCCUUAAGACUUGCCUUUUAAAAGUUAUAAUCCUCACCCAGUCGCACAUGAUUCCAUCCCCUGCCUCUUCGUGUAGCUUUUUUGCUCUUAACAAUCAAGAGUUUGUUACUGUUUUGUAUAUGGGUCACCAACUCCUGCUCAACCACUUUGUAUAUAAGAAAUUACAGAUUUUUGUGAUGUAUAUUUCUAGUGUAAAAAAAAAGUAAGGGCAGUCUUAUUUCCUCCUUUUUUUUUAAAAAAAAGUUCUGUUUUGGAUGGAUUCACUUUCUUUUCUUUCUUUUGGAAUUGCUCCUGUUUCUUUUGUUUGUUUGUUUUCAUGGAAAUUUAAGGGAGAGAGAAUUGUGUUGCCUGGAUUUCAAUUGGUCUCAGACUCUUGCAGUUGGAAAGACUUUGUAUAAAUCAAUAAAUUAUUUAACAAA